UUUGUCUACUUUCAGGAGUCCAGGAUGCUGCUUCCAAAGAAAGAGUCCAAUAAUGGAGUCUCCUUCAGGACCUGCACUGUUUUGCUUUUUAUCUUUCCUCUAAUACAAUCUGUUGGAGCUCAGUCAGAGUUGAUUUGUUCAGAUCAACCAAUCGUAGCACUGGCUGGUGAUGAUGUCAUUUUGCCAUGUCACCUUGAACCUGCAGUCAGCGCCAGUUCUGAGAAAGUGGUGUGGGCCAAACCUGGUUUGGAGCCAGAGUACGUCCAUGUUUACCAAGAUGAAAGAAUGAUGGAUGAACAUCAAAACCCAUCUUAUCGUUUCCGAACAGCUCUGUUUGUGGAUGAACUGAUUAAAGGAAACGUCUUCCUGAAAAUCUUCAGUGUGAAAAUCUCUGAUGCAGGAAAAUACUUUUGUUUCCUUCAAUCAAUGCAGAAGGAAGCUUCCAUCCAGCUCACUGUUGGUGCUGUCUCCUCGCCCAUCAUACAGGUUGUCUCAGAUAACAGCAGCAGUGUGGUGUUUCAGUGUGAGUCUGCAGGCUGGUAUCCAGAGCCUGAGGUGUUUUGGCUGGACGGUGAGGGAAACCUCCUCUCUGCUGGACCUACAGAGACAGUCAGAGAUCCUGAUGACCUCUAUACUGUCAGCAGCAGAGUGACUGUGGAGAAGAGACACAGCAACAGCUUCACCUGUAGAGUCCAACAGAAGGACAUCAACCAGACCAGAGACACUCACAUCCAGGUUACAGCUGGUUUCUUCAAUGAUCAGAAUUGUUGGUAUUGUAUUUGGAGCAUCAUCAUAAGUCUUGGAAUUGCCGUCUUAGUGUUUAUUAUCGCAUGGAUAAAUAGACCGUAACGUAAGUCACAUGUUAAUUUUCAUUUUUGUGUUACUGUCAGAGCUCAUGGUUGGCUAUAUAAUGAUAUGUAGGGGUGAAUUUGAAUAGAUUAUAUAACAUAUCCAUGAUUUAACAUUAAAAUAUACUUUGAUAUAAUGGAGGCAAAAUGAAAAACAGAACAGGAAAUAUAAAAUGUGGUGCAGAGGUAGCACUCGUCCAACACCGCAGAGUGCUGGAUACCUUGUAUCCUGCUUUAGGUUUGUUCAGUACAAUUUGUCAGUGUUCCCACCUGUAUGUCUUUGUCAGUGCACCAGUGACUCUUACUGGCUAGUCUGGGAGCCUGUUACAGAGAAUCCUGCUUAGUCUGCUUGUGUGUGUGCUGUGCC